GACAGUUUAGUAUCUUAAGUUCAUAACAGACAUAAAAAGGUAAUAAGUUAAGAAGGCAACUUUGAUGAAGACAUUAACAAAGGAGAAGUAUACGUUUCCUUGUGAGCGUUGGCUGGACACAAAUGAAGAUGAUAACGAAGUCGUGAGGGAGCUACCUGCCACCGGAGAACUAAUCGCUGAGCCGCUGCCCUUAAUCAAAUACAGAGUGACUGUUUGCACGGGGACUAUCGGCGGCAGCGGCACAGAUGCAUCCGUUUUUGUUAAUCUGAUUGGAGACCAGGGGGACACCGGAGAUCGGCAGCUGGUCAACUGCAAAAACAAUGUCAACAAGUUUGAGAAAGGAAACAUGGAUGAGUUUAUAGUCGAGGCGGUAGCCAUCGGGCAGAUCCGCAGGGUGAGGAUUGGACAUGACAGUAAAGGUGGAGGCUGCGGCUGGUUCCUUGAUAAAGUGGUUGUAAGAGAGGAAGGACAGGCUGAGGCUCAGGCUAUAGAGUUCCCCUGCAACAGGUGGCUGGACCCCAACGAGGAUGAUGGACAAAUUGUUAGAGAGUUGGUGCCAUUCGCAGAUGGACAGCGUCUUUACAACAUUGCCUACAACAUUGCAGUAAAGACAGGUAACAUCCCUGGGGGCAGUUCAGACUCCAACGUGUUUGUCAAGCUCUACGGAGACAAAGGCGACACCGGUAAGAUGAUGCUGGUGGUCUCUUCCAACAACCUGGGUAACUACUUUGAGACGGGUCGCGUUGACAUCUUCACGGUGGAAACCUCUGAUAUUGGACAGAUCAACCGUCUCCUGAUUGGCCACACCAACGAAGGCAUGCGUGCAGGCUGGUUCUUGGACAGCGUUCAGAUCAUGGUUCCAGUCCAUGGCAAGCAUUACAUGUUCCCCAGUCACCGCUGGCUGGAUGAGGAUGAGGCUGACAGCAAGACGGAGGUGGAGAUUUACCCAAGUGAGAUCCUGGACAUGGAGCAACUAAUUAACUAUGAGAUAACAGUAGUGACCGGAGAUGUGAUGUUUGCUGGCACCAACGCCAGAGUGUUCAUCCAGAUCUACGGGGACAAAGGGAAGACAGAAAUUAUCACACUCAAAAGCAGAUCCAACAACUUUGAGCGGAACACCACAGAAAUAUUUAAGAUAGAGGCUAAAGAUGUGGGCAAGAUCUUCAAGGUCCGCAUCGGUCACGAUGGCUCAGGGAUCGGAUCUGGCUGGUUCCUGGAGACAGUGGAUGUCAAACAUCUAAUCAUGGCCUUGAUGCCCAAAGAGAAGAAAAAGGACGACAAGAAAAAGAAGAAGAAAAAGAAGAAAGAUGAAGAAGAUGAGGACGAGGAGGAAGGAAACGAGAUGCAGGAAGUGGUGCUGACUUAUCACUUCCCCUGCUCCCGCUGGCUGGCUGGGGGUGAGGAGGAUGGCGAGCUGGUGGUGGAGCUGCUGCCUGAGGAUUCAGAGGAGCUGGAAGUCAACACCUAUGAAGUGUGCGUCUUCACUGGGAAGAUGCAGGGUGCUGGGACAGACGGCAACGCCUUCAUUAAUAUUUAUGGAGAAAACGGAGACACUGGAGAGCGCUAUCUGAGGAACUCUGACAACCUCAACAAAUUUGAGCGGGGGCAGGAGGAUGUUUUCAUUGUGACAGCUGUUGAUCUGGGUCCUCUGAAGAAGCUACGGAUCCGUCACGACAACACUCAGCCUCAUUCAUCUUGGUACCUGGAUCGUGUUGAGAUAGUGGACACAAAGGAUGAUACAACGUACUAUUUCCCUUGUAACCGCUGGCUGGCAGUGGAUGAGGAUGAUGGACAGCUAGCAAGAGAGUUGGUGCCUGUGGACGAAGCCUUCAUGAGGAAGGAUGAGGACGAGGAUGAUGAGGGGACAGGGGCCACUCUGGGGCUGGAGCAAAAAUCCAUGUCUACUACAUAUACUAUCAAAGUAAAAACUGGAGAAAAGAAGCAUGCUGGAACUGAUGCCAACGUCUUUGCCAUCCUGUUCGGUGAAAAUGACGACACGGGGAUUGUCAACCUUAAGGCUUGUAAAAACUAUAAGAAUAAGUUUGAACAGGGGAUGAUCAAUGAGUUCACUGUGGAGGCGGUGGAUUUGGGUGACCUGGAAAAGCUUCGAAUUGGGCAUGACAACUCAGGGGGUUCAGCCGGUUGGUUCUUGGACUGGGUUGAGGUUGACGCCCCUUCACAGGGUCAGAGACUACGCUUCCCAUGUGGCCGCUGGCUGGAUAAAGGAGAGGAUGAUGGGGCAAUUGUGAGGGAUCUCUAUCCCGCUGAGUUACAGACCGAACUCUACAUGCCAUUUGUGCCUUAUGAGAUAAAGAUAUUCACCAGUGAUGUGUUUGGUGCGGGAACAGACGCUGACGUGUUCAUAGUCUUGUACGGAGGUAAGGGAGUGUGCACACAGCAGAAACACCUGUGUGUCAACAAGAGAGAGAGGCGUCUGUACUUUGAGAGGGGAGCAGAGGACAUGUUCAUUGUGGAGCUGGAGGAUGUUGGUGACAUUAUAGAGAAAAUCAGGAUAGGACAUGACAACAGGGGCACCAACCCAGGAUGGCACCUCGACAGAGUGGAGAUUAGACGACAGCUCAGGAAAGGAAAGGGUUCAGAGACGACCAUUUUCCCAUGCGAGUCCUGGCUAGCCAAAUCUGAAGGUGAUGGGGAGACGGUGAGGGAGCUGGUCCCCUCGGAAAUCAUUACACAGAAACUCCUUAGGGAUGGGAAGCUGAAGACAACUGAAACAGAGGUGGAAGAUGCUUUGGAAACUCACACAUACAAGGUGUCUGUGCGGACAGGUGAUAUGUUCGGAGCAGGAACUGAUGCCAACGUUUUUCUCACCAUCUAUGGAGACCUGGGAGACACAGGAGAACGCAAACUCGCCAAAUCUGAGAACAACAAGAACAAGUUCGAGAGAGGAGAGGUGGACAAGUUCACUAUUGAGGCUGUGGACUUGGGCCAAGUGUUUAAGAUCCGUAUUCGGCAUGACAACUCCAUGAUCGGGGCUGAUUGGUACCUUGACCAGGUGGAGGUGCUGGAUGAGGAUACAGAAGAAGUGUACAUGUUCUUGUGUGAGCGCUGGUUGUCGACGAAGAAAGAGGACAAACGCAUAGAGAGGACCUUCUUUGUCAAGGGUUAUGAAGGUGAAAGACACCCUGAUCCAUUUGCCAAGAACAUGGCUCAGGCCAAACUGGGGCUGGACAGAAAUGCCAACAAGAAGAAAAAGAAGAAAAAGGUGGCAGUGAUGGAAGAGGGUCCAAUCAUCCCCUAUCAUUUCACCUUGUCCACGGGGGUGGACCGUGAUGCCAGCACUACAGCCAGGGUCUAUGUCAUCAUCAUCGGCCCCAACGAUGUUGAGACAGACCGACUGUGGCUGGACCUGCCAGAGGGAAAGAAAUCCUUCACAGCUGGCACCAUGGAGCACUUUGUGUGUUAUGGAACUGACGUAGGAGAGAUCAAGAGGGUGGAACUUGGCCAUAACGGUGUCACACCAGAGAGCUGCUGGUUGGUGGAUGAGCUGUCGGUUGCUGUGCCAACCAAAGGUAUCAAGUACAUCUUUCCAUGUAAGUGCUGGCUGGCUAAAGACAGGGGCGAUGGUCUGACUGCCAGACUGUUCAAUGUGCUGGACUCCAGCACGAUCAACAUUAUCCGCAAAGUUGUUUAUUCGGCCACAGUUGUCACAGGAGACACUCAGUAUGCAGGGACUGAUACCAACAUUUUCCUGACGGUGUAUGGAGCCAAUGGGAGCACAGAGGAAAUGCUGCUGCCCAAAAAGGAGGACAGGUUUGAAAGGGGCCAAGAAGACACAUUCAGUCUGGAGAUAGAUGACAUUGCUCCUCUGAAGAAGAUCAGAGUUCGGAUAGAUGGCUCUGGAAGUCGACCUGACUGGUUUCUUGACAGGAUCCUGAUGCGGAAUCUGACCACAGAGGAGGUGUAUCUGUUUACCUACGAGAACUGGCUGUCAAAGACCAAAGGGCCGAAGAGGACGAAGGCAUGCGAGCUGGCAGCUGUGGUGGAUGAUGAGGAAAUGGUGGAGAAAACAACCUACAUUAUUCAAGUCCAAACCAGCGAUGUCGGGGGUGCAGGCACCGAUGCCAAUGUGUUUUUGAUGGUGUUUGGGGAGUACGGGGACACUGGCACGCUGCCACUGAAGGAGAGCUCAAACAGGAACAAGUUUGAGCGAAAAGCAAAAGAUGUGUUCAGAUUUUCCGAUAUGCUCAGUGUGGGCGAACUGUCCAAGGUCCGAGUGUGGCACGAUAACAAAGGCCCUGCUCCUGGUUGGCACCUGGAGUACAUUGACGUGAAAGAUGAGGCCAUGGACCAGACCUUUAGGUUCCCCUGCGACCGCUGGCUGGCUAAAAAUGAAGACGACGGGCAGAUAAUGAGGGAGCUGGCCUGUGCCAACAACGACUCUAUAGACCUCAGUGACAAAACCAAAUAUGAAAUUGCCACAACAACUGCUAACACAGACGAUGCCUCCACCACGGAAAACGCCUGGAUCGUGUUGGAAGGAAGGAAAGCCCGUUCCAAGGAGUUUGUUCUGGAGAAUAAGAAAAAGAAGUUCUUAUGCGGUGCCACAGACACGUUUGAGUUCUCGUCCAAGCACGUGGGGGAGAUUGCCGGCAUCUGCCUAGGCCACAUAACGAAAGACGGAAAGAAGGUGAAGAAUGAAGCUUUCUGGCACGUUAUGGAGGUGGUAGUGACAGAAAGGGAGCUGGGAAACAAGUAUUUCUUCCACUGUGAUGCAAAAAUCCCCCUGGCAGCCAAAAAGGACCAAUUCCUGACAUUUGAGUGCUUUAAGUCCAUCGAGAGCUUUGCGAGCAGAGUCCGCAACCUGGUCCCUGUCAAGUAUGAAAUCAUCAUCAUCACCGGGGACGUAAAAGGGGCGGGCACAGACGCCAACGUUUUCAUCACAGUCUAUGGCAUCAACGGUGACUCAGGCAAGCGUCAUCUGCGGCAGAAGUUCCGCAACCUUUUUGAGCGAGGGCGAACCGACCGCUUUGUUCUGGAGAUGCUGGACCUCGGGGAGUUGCUGAGGGUCAAAGUGGAGCACGACAACAACGGCUCCAACUGUGGGUGGUAUUUAGAGUGUGUGGAGGUGACCAACACAGCCAACUCAGUGACAACAAUCUUUAACUGUGGAAAUUGGCUCGACACUUCUAAGGCCGACGGCCAGAUCCAGCGGGUGCUCUACCCCAAAUACUGAGGAGGAGCAUGCAUGACACAAAGAGUGGGUGAACAUUCCUUUAGAGACUUUUUGGUCACUUGUUUUUUUUUUUUGUACUGUAAGUUCAAGCUUCAUGAGGAAAAACAAUGAAAUUAACAGACCUGAAUGUAAUUUUAUGUCACCUUUUAAAAGUGUUGUUUUUUAAGUUUGUGCCAACUGUUUAGGUUGUCCCUCUUCUCACUUCAGAAAAAGCCAUUUGCGACCAACUUUUCUUGUACAAUCUGAAAAAUAAACUUGUGCGAACCUGCAGAUAAUCCAACACAAUAAACAUUUAGUCUUAA